UACGUACCUUGAAUCGCCCAUCUUGUCAGACGGUAGACUGUCAGCUGUCAAAUUGAUGAAAUAAAAAAGCGAGCUUGUCUCGAGUUUGUUUAGCUGGAGCCGCACAAUUUGACUGUAGUAACUAAUAUUUACACGAUUUGUAUGUACAAAUUUCUGUUAUAAACCUUUUAAGUUACUUAUUUGAGAAUCUAUUGUGCGAGACUGUGUGUUCACUACACUCAUAUGUGAACUGUAUUUGGCCAGGAAAGUGUUACUCCCAGCAUGGAAUUAGACAACAAUGAUCACGACCAGCAGCAGCAGUAUUAUCAACAGGAGUUACAGCAAGCUCAACAUCAUCCCCAGAGCACGCAAACAUCGAACCAGUCAAAUGCUCCUAAAAAAUCGGCAAAGCAAAACAAUGCUCUUCCACUCUGGGGCAAUGAAACUUCGAUGAAUUUGAAUCCAUUGAUUCUAGCAAACAUUCAGGGAUCGAGUUAUUUCAAAGUGUCCUUGUUCAAACUGAAGACUUACCACGAAGUUGUAGACGAAAUAUACUAUCAAGUGAAACACUUGGAACCAUGGGAACGGGGUUCUCGGAAAACGGCCGGCCAGACGGGAAUGUGCGGUGGAGUUAGAGGUGUAGGAGCUGGGGGAAUAGUUUCAACAGCAUUUUGUUUACUUUAUAAACUUUACACACUACGGUUAACUAGGAAACAAGUGAAUGGACUGCUUACACACGGCGAUUCUCCCUACAUUCGAGCACUAGGCUUUAUGUAUUUGCGAUAUACCCAACCACCGGGUGAUCUGUUCGAUUGGUAUGAACCGUACCUGGUAGAUGAAGAGGAAAUCGAUGUGAAGGCUGGUGGCGGCCAGAUAAUGACCAUCGGUCAGAUGAUACGACAAUGGUUGACAAAGCUUGACUGGUUCUCAACUCUAUUCCCACGGAUCCCGGUACCGAUCCAAAAGCAAAUUGAUGCCAAGCUUGAUCAAUAUGCUAGAGAAAAUGGUGUAUCAUUCGCUGACACCCAGCCGGACCGGGGUGGCACAACCGUGGGCGGCAAACAGCCGCGUGGCGGAACAUCCGGACCGUCUGGAGGUAACGCAAGAGGAUUGGGACCAACGACACUUGCCGACGAACGAGAACCAGCACGCUACGAUCGAGGUGUGACCGUACAGCAGUCGUUUAAGGAGAAACCUCUCAAGCGGGAUAUGUUUGACCAUUGCGAUCGGGACGCACGAUCUUCGCGCUACGAAAUGCACGAUGACGAUAGACAUGACCGUAAUCGGAAGGGCUAUCGCGGCAAGGAUUACGACCGCGACUGGGAAAGAGAUAGGUACAGAGAGCGCGAAAGAGACAAGGAUAGACACAGAGAAAGGGAUCGCGAACGUGAUCGGGAUAGAUCGCGAGAUCGUGACCGCGAUCGGAAAGACAAAACGCGUGAUCGAAGGUCCAGGAGCCGGGAACGCGAUUACCAACGUGAUCGACGACAUCGUUAGCAGGUUUUUAAGGAAUUUUGUUUUUUUUUUUUACUUUCAAUUGUUUGCGAAUUUUAUCACUCUCUAGGGUAAAUAGUUCAACAAGAUUGCAAAUUUGAUAUCGUUGAAGCAGCUAAUUUUCAAAACGAAACGGAAUGUACAAUAAUGUGCAUCUUUUUAAAACAAAUAGUUACCUUUGCUUUGAUCAUGGGCUUUGUACCACUGAACGUUGUAGAUUUCCAGCUUCUGUUCUUAACUGUUUGGGUACACAUUUUGACAAAAAUCUAAAGCAUAUAAGCAAAUGUUAGAACGCCCUGGCGAAUAGAUUGGUUCGCAAUGCACCGCGAGCCGAAAUGUAUUGUGAAAUUGAAACUGGUAACCAGCGAAACAACAAAACGGGUUUACAUUUCCUGCAAAAAUGUAACCUCCCAUCAAUAGCACUUUUCUUUGAAAACCACAUAUUACCUCUAUCCUUUUAAUAACGUUUGCACGAUGUUGUUCUGCGUACUGAAGGACGACGAAGCAGUAGUUACUUUUUGAAACCGUUUUUAUUCUAAGCCUUUGUCAGCUAAUCACAAUUACCUCAUGAAACUUCCGAUUCUCAUCUUCAUAACUUUAAUACCUCAUUCACAACGCAACACUUUACUAACUUUUUGUUUUUUCUUACUCCGUUUCAAUACGCUGGUGUACAUCCUUCCUACACGCCGUCAAUAUACGCGACAUCGUUGCACUUGAAAGAGUAUAAUACAGAAUGAAUAGAACAAACUACGUUAGACAGGCGAGUGUCCUUGACUACCUCAGUGGAGUAUGGAAUGGCCAGUUUCUGUUAACUUUUUUUUAUUUUUAAACAGAUACUCAUACAGCAGGACAUUUGUAAUGGUACCUAGAAACAUGCUUUCUGUUUCACAAAUGCACUCUUUUUAUUGAUUCAAACAAACAAAAUCCGCUUUAGAAUGAGGGAAUACGUUACUUUUAUCAAUUCAUUCUUUUUUAAACAAAUAGACUCACAUCUAUCACUCAACAGUUCAGCAAUGCGUACGCUCUGCUAAUAAAAAGAAUGCAAAAUAAGGUGCAAAGUUGAAGCCCGAUUGCAUUAAAAACAAAACAAACCCUCAAUCGUAAAUGAAAAAUACACAUCAAUUGAUUGAUUUAGUAUGAAAACUGAAAUAAAUAAAAUUUUUAAGUUAACAAGAACAAGAAUGACUUGCUAGGCACUAUCGAAUAGGACUCCUACAUUUACGAUAUUUCCGUUUUUUUUUUCUUUUAUAAAAACAAAUGUUCUUGUAUGCGCAGGUCUGUUUUGUUCAACACAAUAUUACUCUAGUUUUAAGGCGCGAAACUGUUCAAUAAAAGAAUCAUUUGAUCAAUAAA